AUAUCGAGAUUAUUUUACCCUGAGGAAUGUCACUUCUUUUGAACCACACACUCUAUGUAGAACUUUUUUCAUUUUCGUGUUUUGUCUAAAAGGUUCGAUCGAAAAGUGUGUGAUAUCUAAACGUUGAACCAGAUCAUCGCGAUUGUACAUAAUUAUGAAACCCUCAAAGAAGAAGCCAGUCAAACUGCGGCGCUCAAAGAGGUCAACUGAUUUGUUGAAAAGUGUGCUCCAAAAAUCAGUGUACGAGAAAUUACCGAUCGGUAGGAAGUAUCGAAACUCAGUGUUAACCAAUUGUAAGGGCGAUAAGAUGUCAGCACAUUUCAUGAGAUUAGCAAAUUCGAUUACUGUUCGAUUGGAUUCGUAUUGCAAAAAGUAUACUUCUGUUCACGGCAAGUCGAAUAGCCGCCUAUCGGACGCUAUUGAACGCAUAAAUGGGAUGUUAGAUGCAGAAGGAUUCGAAGGAAGCGCAGUCGAUGAUUUCGAUUCAUGGAUUCAGUUGAAAGAAGAUGAUAUUAGUCGAAGUGAUCAUGACAGGAUUACAGGUGAAAUUGCUGAGGAAACCGACACAGGUGGUGCCACGAGCAUGAUGGAACAACAGGAGAGCAGUCCGCUGGAAUGUGAUAAAAGCGAAGUUUCAGAAGACCCUAAGGUUACAAAUGACAGUGUGGAGCCGGUAGAUGAUUUAGUGCCAUGGGAAAUUAAAUUGAAAGCCGAUCUGACAAGUUUUGUCGAUUACACAUGGAGAUAUAAAGCUACUGAGGAAAUCACUAUAAAGGAAAUAAUUAUGAAUUUAUUGGAGAAUGGUGUGGACGAUGAUGAGUCGGUGUCUAAUGCAAGUGAUGGAACAGAUUAUAGUACAAUGGGAUUAGAAGAUAGCCCAAUCGGCGCACAACAUUCGGAAUAGUUUAAUUUUGCCUAAUGAAAAUUUAUGAGCCUCGACCUACGGCUCGACAAUAUAUAUUUUCUUUACACGAACAUUUGGUUGUGUGUUUCAUCGAUGGAAUUGCAAUGUUCUUCAAGAAUUAUCCCCACUUAUGUUAAAAAAACAAAACAACUUUUGGCAAUUAAAUCGAGUCAAGCAA